GCUGUGUUGAACGGCAGUGCGGCGCGGUACCGCGAGCGUCAGACUUGUGUCCGCUUGUGACGUGUAUCCGACCGGCUUCCGAAUUCGAAAAUUUUCCGGUCGUUCUGCAAUAAAAAUGUGAACUUUAAAAAGUAUAUCAACUCUAUAGUCCACUCCAAUUUCAAAUAUGCGGACCAUUAAAAUGGAUACAACGUAAACAAACUUUUGUUAAAUCAAAAAUGUGUUAAAAUGUACUCGAAAGUGAAGAUAAAAUGACUGUAAAGUGAAGUGGAAUAUGGCUGCUAAAAUUCUUGUUAUCGCUUGGGCGGCCUGUGUCGCGUUGCCAUUGGCAACGGGCCAUCUGAACGUGCUCAUAAGCCAAGCUGAAGUGAUGAAGCUGUUAGGUCUAGAUGCAGAACUGUACUACGUGAGAGAGGGCGUGGUGAACAAGUACGCGACCAGCUUCAUAGUGCCCGUGCCCGCUCAUAUCGCCGACCUGCAGUUCAUGUGGCAAGCGCUCGGCGAUACACCCGGCGUGGUGAACAAGUACGCGACCAGCUUCAUAGUGCCCGUGCCCGCUCAUAUCGCCGACCUGCAGUUCAUGUGGCAAGCGCUCGGUGAUACACCCGUGAGUUUUACUUGUUUUACUCAGAACUGUAAACUGUACUACGUGAGAGAGGGCGUGGUGAACAAGUACGCGACCAGCUUCAUAGUGCCCGUGCCCGCUCAUAUCGCCGACCUGCAGUUCAUGUGGCAAGCGCUCGGUGAUACACCCUUGCCGUACGUGAUGGGUAUAGACUAUGAGAGCAGAGGCGCCAUGCUGCCGCCGCAAGUCAAUAUCUCUGAAAGAGGGUUUGUGCCUACUACGCUGCAGACUUUUAGGGUUCGUUUACCAUGCACGGGUACCAGGAGCGCAGAGAUCCUCGUGACUAUGCAACUGAACAUAUCGGCCCCGGAUCGCGCGCACAAAGACGUGCGGUUACUCUUCAAGAGGAAUAAAAUUUGUUUGAAAGGUCUAUCAACAGUAGUAACCCACAACGAAACAGCGCGACUCGCGGGCGACGCGUCACAAACUACAGGAGGCGUGCUAUUCGCGGCCGGGGGCUGUGCGGCUGCUGCGCUCGCGCUGCUCACGGCCGCUGCCGCUGCGGGCACCCUGUAUAAGCGAGGCAGUAAGGCGAGGCAUCAUGAUUCUAUUCACACGUCAUACACGACAGCGGCAUACGGUAGUCACCAGAACGUACUCCUCAGGCUGGACACGUUAGGAAGACCACCAAGUUCCACUGGAUCCUACGCUACUAUUGCAAGUUUACACAAGUUUCCUUUCGGCAGUCGACGGUCACCAUCACCGUAUGCGACCACGCAUAUAGGAGAGCAUGUCUACGCGAAACCUGAGUCCAGAGUGUCAUAUUACGCUGCUUCUAAUCUCACGCAUGUUUCUCAACAAACAUUAACAAAAGACCGCAUAACCGACCCAGCGGAACAGCUCCGUCUACUCACGACCCCUCGGUCAAACAUCAGAUUGGAGAUACUGGUUCACGAGGGGACCUUCGGAAGGGUCUACAAGGGAGUCUUCAAGAGAGGCGACACCUAUGAGGAGGUCGUUGUGAAGACUGUUACAGAUGCGGCAUCAGCGAUGCAGGCCGCGUUGCUUGUGGCUGAAGGGUUGCGACUGUUCAGCUUGGUGCACACAAAUGUGCUCACGCCGAUGGCUGCGUGCGCUGAGGAGGCUCGCAAGCCACUUCUAGUUUAUUGCUGUCCUUCUCAUUCUUCGAAUCUUAAAAGGUUCCUAACAUCUUGUCGGCUAGGCCACCAAGCGGCCCCCGCGACAAGAGAGCUGGUAGACUUAGGAGCGCAGGUGGCGUGUGGCCUGGCUUACUUACAUGUGCAGAGGCUGGUUCACGCCGAUAUCGCUGCUAGGAACUGUGUGGUGGACGAGAAACUAAGGCUGAAGGUGACAGACAACGGUCUAUCAAGGGACCUAUUUCCUGAUGACUACCAUUGUCUGGGCGACAAUGAGAACAGACCUGUCAAAUGGAUGGCUCCAGAGACACUGCUGCAAAACCAGUACACCACGGCUUCUGAUGUGUGGUCAUUAGGAAUAACUCUCUGGGAGCUAGCAACUCUUGGAGCAUCACCACUAGCUGAGCUGGAUGCUGCUGAUGUAGGAGCGUUCCUGAGUGGGGGGUACCGACCUUCUCAACCGCAUAACUGUCCUGAUGAAUUGUACGGUUUAAUGUCCUGGUGCUGGACUCUCGCUUCUCCCGCCAGGCCGACAGCUCCUCAACUCCUCGCAGCGCUCCACGACUUCAGGCAAGCUCUCAGCACUUACAUAUAGAUCUAGAACAAUCUACCAAAUUAUAGGGCCAUUGUCUUUUUGAGUCCAGAAUAUUUUUUU